ACCACACAGACAGCCCUGCUCCAUGUCAGAGAUUGAAACCUGAGAGAUUCCAGUUGGCCCCAAUUUCCUCAGCACAAACGUGGUACAAUCCACCCACAUUAGAAAACCUUUACCAAUGCUCCCCCCCUCCCUCUGUCUGGCAGGUACCACUCACUGCCGAGGGGGUUAUCCUAUCCAUCCACCGCAAAUCUAGCCCUCGUUGUGGCAGAAUUGCAGUGCAUUGGACUGUACAGAGCAGGGUACCAUCCAGGCUGUUGUCUGUGAGGGGUGGGGUCCGGCUACACUCAUACCACCAACCAUAAGCUGACAGAGGGACACCAGAGAGGCAGAAAAAGACAGGGGAAAAAAGAGAGAGAAGAGGGGGGAAGACGGCACCUGAAGAGGAAUAUAAUACGGGAUGAAAGGAGACACCCCAGUGAACAGCACCAUGAGUGUCGGCCAAGCCAGGAAGCUGGUGGAGCAACUGAAGAUCGAGGCUAGUUUCUGCAGGAUAAAGGUAUCAAAGGCAGCAGCCGACCUGAUGGCGUACUGCGACGCACACGCCUGCGACGACCCCCUGAUCACCCCCGUGCCCACCUCAGAGAACCCCUUCAGGGAGAAGAAGUUCUUCUGCGCUUUGCUUUGAGACAAAUCAGGGAUUGUUGUGAUGAAAAAGUACAACUGUACAGUAUGUACAUCUAUGUACAGUGUGUACAUGUACUUCCAAUCUGAAUAAGACAUUAAUGUACUAUAGUAACGUUGCAUAAAAGCUGCCGAUGUACAGUACAUAACCAACUACAAAAUGUCUUGAACUAAAUUCUUAUACUGCGAACAUCUGUCUCAAUGUUAGAGGAGGGCAAACAAGAAUAAUUUAACAUUUAAUCAAUAAAGAGUUAGAAAAGUUGCUAAAAGUCUCAAGGGAAGGGGAAAAAACAAAGAGCGUUCAUCUGAAAGGAAACACAUGCAUCUCAUGCUCAAAUAGGUUACAAGUAACUGCCAGAAGGGACAACAUGAUCACCAAGUAUCUUAAUUCUCCACCAGUCACAGGCAACAGAUUCAUAUUGAAACUGGGAACCUAAAUUACAUUAGGUCUCAGCAUUAUGGAGGACAUGUCUCAGCUCUCCCCAUUUAAAUUCCCCAUAAAUGAGAAGACUAAUGCCGCGUAAUCAAACACCUUUUCAUUCUUUGUCUACUCAUAGGCAGAGGUCAUAACACGUAUGCUCCUCUCACAAGUAGCAGCAUUUAUUUUUUUCUAAUCUAAUCUAUUGUUGACCUUCGUCAUUCACUGUUUAACCCUGUGUUGGCAGUUACUUGUUUACAACUGGACACAUGCAAUUGAUUUGGGGUUUUUUGGGGUGGGGGAGGGUAUUAAGAUUUUAGCCUCUUCUUUUUUUUGCUCAUUUCUAUACUAUUGCCGUAGUGUGGAUGUGGACGUGUGUGUAUGCAUAGGUGCUACUGUGAAACUUGAGCAACAAUUCUGUGCAUCGGAUCACUGUCAAAUUGAGAUUUUGUAGUUAAAUAGCACACACACACACACACAAACCCAAACACAUUCCAGGAGUUAAGGACUUUCAACAUCUAAUCUAAGCCACUAAAGUAAGAUCAUCUAAUCGGUUAUUCUGAGCCUGUCAUAAUAAUAAUUUUCUAAUUCUUUAAGACAUUAAAAUAAAAAAGUAAAUGAAGCAGUCUUAAUGUACUUUUAAGGACAAGUGUGCAUCAUUGUUAUUUUAAAUGAUCAGAGGAUCUCCAGAGCAGGGGUUCUUAGUGGUUUCCAGAAAAGUCAUGGAUCAACCAGUGUCACUUUCUCCAUCUAAAGUACUGUCAGCUGUUAAGUUUCAACACCACUUUCAUAAAAGGAAACGAAAAACUGCUCUUCUUCUCGUGUCCGUGACCUGGAACUUUUGGAAACGCCUCCCCCCCUGCUUUGGAGCAUUCAAAAAAAAAAAAAAAAAAAAAUGAGUGACAUAUUUUCAUCAUGUUGCAAAUAUCAAAUCUGGAGCUUUGGCAGAAAAAAGGGUAACCAUGGAAACGAAGCACUAAAAUAAAGCCUCCUGUCAUCAAA